AUGACAGCUGAGGCGCCCCCUGUGACGGCGGAGUCUGUGAGAUUCUUCUGCACUGCUGGCCGAGGCAUGGAGCGCUUCGUGGUGGAUGAAGUGACUCGGAAAGUGUCGGCUGCAGAGGUGGAAAUUCUACCAGGAAAAGUUUUCUUCACUGGAAAGCCAGAUUUGAAUGGAAUAAAAAAUGUUAAAUCUGCAGAGAGAAUGUUUUUGCUCCUAAUGAAGGGGCCACCAGUUUAUCUUGCUAAACAUAAAGGUAAUAUAUCCUGUGUUUAUACAAAAAUCUAUCAUUGGGGAACCCCAUUUGUGGCUAGAAUCACUGCAAAUAUGGCAGUAUCUUCAGAAACAAGUUUCAAAAGAAGCAAUUUUACCAGGACAAAGGAAAGUUGAGAAGAGAAAAUCAGAGGGCUGUCCAUUUGUUUCCAAGACAAAAGCUUGCAAGCAGGAUACCACUGUGAAGGACAACUUUGCAUAUUAUGACCAGAUAGUCAGAGAAGCUCCAGCCCAAUCUAAAAAUAUGAGCAGUGAAGAAGUGACUAAAACUAGAUAUCAAAGUUCUGGUGAAAAUGACAACACUGUCUCUUUUAGAGUGUCUUGCCGAUGUUCUGGAGGAAAUGCAAAAAAGACUACUGCACAGAACACCAUUUAA